AUGCCAGAGGGAAAGGCCCCACACUUCCCACAACAGCCAGUGGCCAGACAGAACGACGACGGCUCCUUGGAGCUCGAGUGUUACGUCGACGCCACGCCGAAGCCGGAAGUCAAGUGGUACUACGACCAGGUAAGGCUUUUUUCAAACAGUGUCGUAUUUACGCAAAACUGGAAGGAAGGUUCAAAAAUGUUUAUUUCCCAAAAUAGAAAGAUGAGAAAUAAACGAAAAUUUUUUUUUUUUUCAAAUUGUAUCAAAGAAAAACUUCUCCAGUCAAAGUUUCUGCUCCACUCAUGAUUGAUCUAGACCAAAAAUACGGAUUCAAACGUUCAGAAAAUAAAAAAGUUUGAGCUCUGGUAUUUUUCGGAUUUUCUUCCUAUCGCAAAUCUAGUUUUGCUCACGAGAUCUCAUGCUUACAACGCCAAAGUCCACUGAGGUUUUGUCGAAACGUUUCCAGAUGAGUCGAAUGAAAUAAUUCAAGCUCAAACCUAUUCAACUGUAGCUUUUAACUUCCAAAAUCAGACUUUCAAAGCAUCUUUCCGAGGCUUUUCUUCAUUAGAGAAAUCCAGAAAUGUAGGUAUAUUUUGAACUAUAAUAGGAUCAAUCAGCGCUCCAAAGAAGAAUUCUCUUUUUUUCAUACGAAAUAAAUCAUCUUUGUCGUUUUUCAGAAGCAAGUGGAUACAAGCGACCGAUUCUCGUUCAAACUUGAUAACCGUGGCAGCGAUUCGUACUCCGCCAUCCUCAAGAUCAAGGUGUGUUGAUUGUUUGUCGAGAGGCUGCUCGGGAUUUAUCAAUGCGCUCCAGAUGUUUGCCAACUAUAUUUAGUUGGGAUAAAUCACGUUUCAUCACGACAGUUCUGUUUAUGAUACACUUGAAAGCUGAACUGCUUCCUCUGUUGAAAACGUUUUUUCGAAGCCGUUUGCCUUGAUGAAAAAAAAAACCAUUGAACUUUUCUCUGUUCCGUUCUUUCGAGAGAGAGAGAGAGAGAGAGAGAGAGAGAGAGAGAGAGAGAGAGAGAGAGAGAUAGAUCAAAAAUUUGAAAAAAAUAUUGAAAAUCAAUUCCUGGAUAUAGAUUCUAGCAAUCAGUUUUGCUUUCUAAACGAAAUUAAAAAAAAACAAACCAUCAGCCCAAACAGUUUUGUCUUACAAAAAGAGUUCAGUAUUAGAAGCUGGACGAUUUUUCGAAAAUGUUUGCUAAAAAAAAUCCCAGUUUUGAAAAAUAGUUGCAGUUCAUUCCAAACCCAUCCUAUCAGUUCGAAUUUACUAACCCCUCCAAAAAAAAUUGUGCCUCGAAGUAAUUCACUUCCCGCUCAACCAAAUAAUGAUCAGAGAACUAUCGAGUAAACUUUGCUUUUUCUAGGUAUAAAUAUUUCGAAAAUUCUCCAAUUCCCUCUCAAAGCUCUCUAAAAAUCAGAGAGCAAAUGAACUUGACAGCAUGGCUCAUAAUUAUCAGUUAACGAGGCGCUUCGGAUCCGUUUUCUAGCGAGUGCAGUAUGCUGCUCAGUGUAACGCGGUGUUACGACUUGCCACAGGCGUCGGAAUCGCUGCCAUUACACAAUCACUCAAGUGCCAGCCUUAGUUUUCCAGAAACUCUAGGCACUAUCAAGAAAAUCGUGCAACUGAAAGUCCUGACCGCUGUUACACAACUACUUUUUACAAUCUCACCUUUAUUGAUUUAUUUUCCAGGAUCUGGCCGAUGCUGACGCCGGAGCUUACCGAUGCGCCAUCGUCAAUCCCCAUGGAAAGGGUAAUGCCAACUUCAACCUGAAGCUCACUGGUCAGUAUGAAUAAAGAUCGAAGAAAAGCUGAAAUAUUCAAAAAAAACUUGAAAAAAACCAAUAAUGAAAGGAAAACCCCUUGAAAAAAUAAUUGAUUUGAAUAGUUUCUGAGGCGUUGAUUGCAGUUCAGAAGCAAACGUGUUCUGAUAGGUAGACCUAAAUUCAUAAAGAAAUAAUAUUCUCUAAGCGUCACUUUUCUUCAAGAAACUCAAAAAAUCCAAACGCUGCAAAUUCCGAAAACGGAAAAAUUAUUCGAGGCCUUCUUGAUAAAUGAUCCCAGCCAAGCUUCAAAUCGAAAAAUUUGAGGUUUCUCCUCCCCGACCUUUGUCGAAAAACCGCAAAUUUCAUCGCGUGACGAUGGACAGAUUAUGGUCAUGGAGUUCAGAGCUAAGUCUAUUCUGAAGCCGACUUUUGUUUGGCAAAAGGUGAGUAUGAAGGAUUCAAAACUCAUUUUCAAACCGAGUUUUUAGGGAGAAGAAAUCGUUGCUCAGUCUGACCGAGUGAAGGUCGUCCUCCGCGAGGAAGCCAACCAGGUCUACUAUUCCGCUCUGGAAAUCAAGGUAACAUUUUUUCAUUGUUCAGUCUCUACUUCUUGCUGUUUCAGGAGCCGUCGAAGGAGAAAGACGCCGGACAGUUCGUCUGCACCGCCAAGAACGAGUCUGGAAAAUUGACCGCCACCUUCACCGUUAAGUUCGAAGGUUGAUUAUUUUCUACUAACUCUCAAAUUUGACGGACUUUUUUCAGUUCCUCAAGGCGCCCCGACCUUCACCCGAAAGCCGCAGAUCCUCCAAAAGACCUCAGACUCUGGAGAUCCGGCCAUCGUCUUUGACAUCGGAUACCAAGCUGACCGCAACCCAGAAGUCAGUAUCCAGCGUAGAAAAGACGUUUUAAAAGCGGAAAAUUCAGGUUUUGUGGAUCAACCCUAAGGGAAAGAAGAUGAAGGAGUCUUCGCGCAUCAAGUUCAGCGAAGUUCCUGACGGUUCCAACAGCUUCACUGCCUCGCUCGAAUUGAAGGUAUAAAGAUACAUUUUUGAUCCGUAAUCACGACGAAAUUCCAGAAUUACAAGGCCAAGGACUCGGGUACCUACACUUGCAACAUUAAGAACGAUGCUGGAGAAGCCAACGUCGAACUGACGCUUAACAUCGAAGGUCUCUUUUCCCUUCUCCUUAAUUGUCCAGCCAGAGAGCAACUCGUUAAAGUCCGAGUGGAUUGCGGUUUUGUUUGUUUUUUCAGGGUCAAUAAGCGUUUCAGGUGAUCCGGUUGACAACGGCACUGAAGAUUAGAGAUCCUGCCUAUUUUGCCAUGCUUUUCUUCUGUGUAGGUUUCAAAUGGCCGUUCUAAUUCUCACUCUUUGUUGAUAACAAAUAACCUGCAUGUUCGGAAGUUUUCUGGCUUUGCUAUUUUAAUGAGUGUCUGAAAAUCAAGCUUCAAAAAGACGUUCUGAAAUUACCUUCAAAAACGUCGAAAAAAGUUUAUAUGAUUUCUUAUGCGAGAAGCAUCUUAAAUCAAUCUUUCGAUUCAAAAAAAAAAACUUUUGCGAUUUCUCCAUUUAACCAACUAUAAUUAUUUUUUUCAUGAGGCAUGUAUAUUUUUCCAGCUUGAUUUUCUUAUACUUUUUGAAAUCUUCACUUUUGAUGUACAACGUCUCUGCACUGGUUUUAUUUGACUUGCAAGGUUACUUAACUCAGCAGCAUAGGAUUGAAAAAAUAAGAUUGAGAAGCUUGUAAAACCGCACAAGUAAAUGUGAAUGAUAAAAUAACAAUACGAAAACUCCUUUUUUUUUGAUUUUGUUGUAUCAAGAUUGGCUCUAAGAGUUCAAAUUUCAUUUUUCACGACUGUCUAUGUUCAUAGUCCGAGUGUCUUUUUAUGAUUCCUUCAUAGCUGGCAUGAGACAAAGUUUCUGAGGAUUUUCGUGGUUUAAGAAAGGAACUACAGAUGUUUUUUGUCCCAAGCUAGCGGUGAAUGGAUGAAAGUCAAUGUUCAAAAUGUUCACCGAGCACUCCCAAGUCACUUUAUCAAGUUUUAAGAAAUUCAAAGUCAAUCUUUUUUUUUCCAGGCCCGCUCGACGACGCUGGAGACGAUGCCAGCGAGAAUUAA